GGGAAGAACGGUGAGUGUUGUCCAACUAUGACAAAACAGAUGACAUUUGAAUACACAGUUAAAACAAAAGUCAGAAAAUAAUUAAAAACGACAACGACACAACAUUUUAUUAUUUUUUUUUAUCCUUUGAGAUAACAGACCUAUUCCAAAAACAUCAGAGUGAUGCAGUAUGUCGUCUGCUUGUGAUCUUUUUUUCUCUUGGCAGUCUCCACCCUCCUCCCCACAACCUUGGUUUGGAAGUGACAGAGUACAUGAACGUAUUGCGACUAAUCAACAGCAAGACAAGAUCUCUACAGUUUGGACGUCUUUUUUUUUUUUGGUUUGUUUUUGCUUUCUUCACAGAUAUAAAAUAACAUAUCCUCAUAUUUGAUGUGACUGGGGUCAUUCAGAACUGGGAGCAAACAUGGAAUUAGUGCAGAGUGCACGCUGAGCCUUCGUAAUUAACACUAAAGUACAGGUAAACGCAUGCACACGUCUUUAUGGUCACUUGUUAACUGGCUUUUAAAAAAUAGGAAUAGCUUUUGAAUGAUAAACAGCUAUACAAAUUCUAAUUUUAGAUACAAUGAUCCAUAAUCUGCGCAGAGGAUUUGAGCAGAGUUCACAAAACAAAAUCUAAACAAUUUUUCAAUUGCAAAGAUUGUCUCUCGGGGUAGUGAAAAUAGUAACAGACCAAUCUAAUUGGUUCUUUGGGCUUCAAUCCUUAAGAUCUACCAAAUGCUUACCUCUCAGCACAACGACUGUAGAAAAGGCACGAGACAGAAACGCAAGAAUAGACUCAUGAAGGAAAGUAAAUGUACCGUUCCCCCCUUUUUAAAAAAGAUUUAGGCUGAUGGACACCCAAAAUCAGAACUCCUUUGCAGGGACUGGACCACUUUACAGGCUGGCUCAUAUGAUGCACUCCGGUACGAAUAGAAGCAGACCUGCAGAGUUCAGUAUGAGCUUCUGUAAAACAAAGAACAGUCACUUUCAGAGGCCUUUGGCUGAACAGAAUUUGAAUAACUGCAACAACAAUGACGGCAAAAAAGACAAGAAGGAAGAACCCAAAAAUGAGAAGAAAGAUGAGAAGGCAGAACCGAAGAAAGACGACAAGAAAGAUGACAAGAAAGACGAGAAAAAGGAAGAACCAAAAGAGGUGUGGAUCAUGGAUCCUGCCACAGAUAUAUACUACUACUGGUUAUGCACCAUAUCCAUCCCUGUCUUCUACAAUCUCAUUUUGCUGGUAGCCAGGGCUUGCUUUAACGAGCUGCAGAAUAACAACACAAUAUUGUGGAUAGUGUUGGACUACACUUCGGACGUACUCUACCUUGCGGACAGUUUUGUGAGAGCCAGAACAGGUUUCCUUGAGCAGGGACUGCUCGUACGGGAUGAGAAGAUCCUGAAGGAAAAGUACAUGAAAACCCGCCAGUUUCGACUGGACAUCAUAUCCGUCAUUCCCACUGAUAUCGUAUUCAUCAAAAUUGGACUGAACAAUCCCGAGUGGAGGUUCAAUCGCCUCUUUAGGUUAGCUCGGCUCUUUGAAUUCUUCGACCGGACAGAGACUCGCACCAAUUUCCCAAACAUCUUUCGGAUCUGUAAUCUUGUACUUUACAUCAUCAUCAUCAUCCACUGGAACGCUUGCAUUUAUUUUGCAAUCUCGAAGGUUCUGGGUUUCGGUUCAGACACGUGGGUCUAUCCAGCAACCAAGAAUGCAGAAUUUCAACGUCUGACCAGGCAGUACAUUUACUGCUUCUAUUGGUCCACGCUGACCUUGACCACUAUUGGGGAGACGCCACCACCGGUCCGUGAUAUCGAGUACUUCUUUGUUGUCGCCGACUUCCUCACUGGGGUUUUGAUCUUUGCGACAAUUGUAGGCAACGUUGGUGCCAUGAUAUCCAACAUGGGCGUCGCUCGAGUAGAGUUCCAGUCCAAGAUCGACUCCAUCAAGCAGUACAUGCACUUCCGAAAGGUUUCUAAAGACCUCGAGGCCCGAGUGGUCAAGUGGUUUGAUUACUUGUGGACGGAGGAGAAAACGUGUGACGAAAAGCAGGUGCUCAAGAACCUUCCGGAUAAGCUCAAGGCUGAGAUCGCCAUAAACGUUCAUCUGGAAACUUUGAGGAAAGUGCGAAUUUUUCAAGAUUGCGAGGCGGGUUUGCUUGUGGAGCUGGUUCUCAAACUUCAACCCCAAGUUUUUAGUCCGGGUGAUUACAUCUGUAAGAAGGGGGACAUCGGGAGGGAAAUGUACAUCAUCAAGGAAGGGAAGUUAGCAGUGGUGGCAGAUGAUGGGGUCACUCAGUUCGUGGUGCUCAGUGAUGGAGCCUACUUUGGAGAAAUCAGCAUUUUGGGCAUUAAAGGAAGUAAGGCGGGGAAUCGAAGAACGGCCAACAUCCGAAGCGUAGGUUACUCCGACCUUUUUGCCUUAUCCAAGGAUGACCUGAUGGAGGCGCUCACAGAGUACCCGGACGCUAAGAAUGCACUGGAAGACAAGGGACGGGCCAUCCUGAUGAAAGACAACCUCAUUGACGAGUCGCUUGUGGCAGCUACCGACGCUAAAGACUUUGAAUUAAAAGUGAAUGCUGUCGAGACGAGCCUGGAAGUCAUGGCGCACAAACUGAAGAAGCUCACGGAGCAUCACGAAUCAUCCCAGCGUAAGCUCAAACAACGGCUCACUAAUUUGACAAACCAGGUCCGGACCAUCAAAGUUGCUGAUGAAUAGAACAAGCUUAAGG